AAGCAUCUUGACUAAUUUUGCGCGUAAGUGCUGCGAUACGCUUUCGUCGACAUGGCGGUGGUAAAAACAAAUCGCUUCUGUGCAACUUCUAGGAAGUGUUUGCAAAAAUGAAGGAGUACAUAAGCAGCUAUCGCGGGUUGAUCUUUUUUUUCGUCGGCGCAGUCCAUGUCUUCUUUGCUACGGGCGUCCAAAGCGCGGAGCAGGCAGGUGCGGAAACUGAGCAGAAGGGUCGACCGCCCGGCGCGACAAAUAGGAACGAUGGGUCCAUCGAACAGGAGCGGUCGACGACCCCAGCGGCCCUGGCCGGGCUCCCGCAAUCUGCGAGUUCCCUAGCGGAAAAGCAAGGCGUGGACAGCUACAUGGAAGGACCGCGCAAGUAUGUGUCGAAAGUUUUUUCCGAGGGAAGCAACACACAAGUGCGGGUGUUCGUGAACAAGGUCUGGCCGUUAUCCUAUGUAAAAACGUACCCACCCCAGAGUUGUAAUGCAGAUCUGCAAGCACCAGAGCGCUUGUCAUGCGCAUCCCCAUGAGAAGAAUUUCCAAUCGUGUUUUGGAACUUGUAAUGCUAUAAACAGGAUAAGGAGAUGGAUUUGUGAUGCGGCUUCCCUUGCUAAACUGCACUAAACUACAGCCUGCAAUUUGUCAUGCGUGGUUCCCAAAACUUCAAGGUUUGUGUUGCAAAAUCCCCAUCUUGACUCUGGGGUGGGGACGUUUUUACUCAGAAUAGCCGUCCGGAAGCCCGUCCGAAACGUACAAGUACUACGACGUUCCGCUCGCCUGCGCCCCAGACUUGGUGUAUCAAAUGUAAAAAUGUCUGGGUCUGGAAACUUGUGAUGCUGGGUGGCGUCUCGUGACGAGGCCACAAGUGCUGGCUCAGCAUGACAAGUUUCUGAGCUUCUAGGUGUUGCCUAUUCUGCAUGACAAACUGCGUUUCUGCAUCACAGAAAAGUGGAUCUCUUGGGUAACGUGCAUGACAGAUUUAAGAGUCAUGCCAGACAAGCAUGACAAACAUGCAUUCUUCCAGACCCAGACAUUUUUACAUUUGAUAUGGUGUACCCCCAGCUGAUGUCACUGGGACAGAUAGUGAAGGGUAAGCUUAAUAUCUCACACCGUAUGAAAUUGAAGCUAAAUGCAUAGAAUAUAUAAACAGAUUUGAUUUCUUCUGGCCACCGCGAGAGGUGAAGAUAUUCACUCCGCUAUAAUGAAGGCGCAUUGAUAGUUUCCACCUAACAGAAUUUUUUUUUCCAAUUUGAAAAUUGAUUGCAGUUCAUUUUUGAGAACGCCAGGAGUUCUCUUCCAAUUCCCCACUGGAUAUUUAUUGUCUAUCCUCUACAGGCGACCGGCUGGUCUCCAGUGCCUUUGACUUCGCCAGGCUGCCUGCGCACCUGCACGAGACGGAGUAUCAAAUGCAAAAAUGUCUGGGUCUGGAAGAUUCUGACACUUGUCAUGCAUGUUUUGCAUGAGCCCUGAUGUCUGUGAUGCAUACCCUAGCAUCACAGAUUUUUUGAGACCUUCUUGAUGCCUAUUCCGCAUGACAAAUGCCCUCUCCGCGUAGCAAAAAUUACAUUCCCUUUGGUACUCAUGCAAUACAGAUUUUUUUGGAAUCCAAAUGCAGCAUCACGAGUUGCAUUCUUCCAGACCCAGACACUUUUACAUUUGAUACGGAGGCAGUGGACGCGACGCAGGAGUAUAUUCACCAAGAACCGGGUAUGGAUGUGUCAGGAUCGAAAUCGACAAAAUCGAAAAACUUGUGAUGCGUCAAAUGUAGGGCACUGAAAGCCUGCACUGGGGAGCAGGCAAAUGAGGCCGAUUGUAAGCCUGUUUAGGGGUAUACAAUGCGCUGCCAGAGUAGCAUGACAGGAGCAGUCUUCUUUGCCCAAACAGCAUGACAGACUGGAUUUGGGCGCUCCCGGAAUUUGGUAUGCGCCGCUUGCAAACUGAGCCUCCAACUGGUAUCGAUUUUAUGCAUCACAAGUUUUUCGAUUUUGUCAACUUCGAUUCUGACACAUCCAUACCGGAGCGGAAGAUUUGCACACGGUACUUCACGCCCGACCAGGUGACCGAGCUGAAGCAGAUGGUGGACCUAUCCUAUGUAAAAACAUACCCACCCCAGAGUUGUCAUGCAGAUUUGCAAUGACACGAACAUUUGUGAUGCGCAUCCCUAUGAUGGGCAUUUCCAGUCGUGUUUUGGAAUUUGUAAUGCUGUAAACAGGAUACGAAUCUCGAUUUGUAAUGCGGCUGCCCUUGCUAACCUGCACUACACUACGGGCUGCAACUUGUCAUGCGUGGCGUCCAAAGCUCCUGGAUCUGUGUUGCAGAAAUCCCAACUUAACUAUGGGGUGGGUACGUUUUUACUCAGGAUAGGACCGUUUUUUUGUGGCCGAGGUGCAGGUGGACGAGUUUCCCGUGACGAGUUUCGUCGGUCUGAAACUGGACAAGGAAACCGUAUGAAAUGCAAAAAUGUCUGGGUCUGGAAGAGUGUAAACUUGUCAUGCAGGUUUUCCAUGACCCUUGAGGUCUGGAAUGCAGGACCUAGCAUGACGGAGUCUGUGAGGUCUCUUUCAUGCCUAUCCUGCGUGAGAAACUCCCUCCCAACUUGGUCGAAAGUGGACAGCUUUUGGCACUCAUGCAACACAGAUUUUUGCAUGAUUCGGAUUUAGCAUGACAAGUUGCAAUCUUCCAGACCCAGACUUUUUUGCAUUUGAUAAACCGUGAAGAUCUACCAGGACAUGGAGAAGCAGCAGGCGAAGGAGGCGGAAGCGGGCGGGUCCGCGCGCUACACCGCGGACCGCAUGUGGGGCGAGUAUCACGCCGACCUGUUUGCUGCAAAUACAGGAGCAGACCCAUCAACGGGGAACAAGCGUGUUGAGGACGGCAUCGGCGUUGCCACGAGCAAGGAAGAGGGGGAUAAGGAUGGUAGCCACUUCCGUUACUUCCUGAUCACGCGGUUCGAGUUAUCAAGAUGAAAAGUGCAGCUCCACCACCAGAAAAGCCGAACACUUUGUAUGGGAAACUUGCUUCUACACGGAAACUUUUUGUAUUGCAUGAAGACAAGGCGACACCGGGAUCGCAUUGCGUUUCAGAACCUAAGCCAUUAAUAUGCAACUGCAAUCAGAGAGAGCAUGCAUACUGUGGCGCUGUGCGACACGAAACUUUCGCUCCGCUGGCUUGAAUAUCUGCCAUCUGCUGAGGCAUGCAAGAACGUGGCAGAUGUUUCCAUUGGGAUCUUGAAACAAUGUGCCAAGCAUUCCCGUACUCUGGGGUCCUCGUGGGGCGGGACGCUUUUCAACAGGAUAAGGAUUCAUCAUCACCCACACCGGAGGCGACGUGCGGCAGGUCAAGCUGUCGCAGCCGCAGUUGUCCGACAUGACGGACAUUACCGAGAUGCCGAAGGACGGCAGCUACCUGAAGGCGGAUUUCUCGGUGACGGUGUCCUGGUACCCGCACAUCGCGAACUACCCGGAGACCCGGGAACAGGCGAUCGAUACGCAGAUCGAAGAGAACGACUAUCACUUGUGGCACGACCUGGACCCGGACGUGGACAACGAGGCCAAACAGGCCAAGAACUGGGACUGGCUCCACCUACCCGACGCCCCGCGCUUCCAGAUGAAGGUCCACUGGCUCGGCAUCUUCAACGGGCUGGCGGUCAUGCUGUCGAUCUUCACCUUUGUCGUGUACUACUUGAUCAACCACGUGAAGGAGGACCUGCGGGAAUUCGGCCUUCCCGUCGCCACCACGAGCAAGUACGCACCGGUGGAGGCACCACAGACCAGCGGUAUAUCAAAAUAGAUAAAGAGAGCACUACUUAUUCGGUGGUUUUUGCGUGUGUCUCGUAUUCUUGUUUUCUGCCAGUACGUAGUUCGUCCUGAUGUUUGCAUCCGAGUUCGUUGGAUGAUAGAUGUUAUUUUGCGAUUAUUUUGCUGGAAGUUUUUAAAAUGUCACGAACAAGAAUACAGAAUGUUGAGAACAAGCUGUCCUUGUUACAGGUUGGAAGCUAGUCCACGCGGACGUGUUUCGUGCCCCGCCUGCGAGACUCUGGUUUUGCGCGAGCAUCGGCGCAGGCACGCAAUUAGCGAUAAUGGCGGGAUUCACGAUCCUUUGCGGCUGCGUCGAGCACUUCCACCAGCGCGGGUCCGUCGUGCAAACGAUGGCGUAUGCGUACCUGGUGUCGUCCAUCUGCGGGGGCUACGUGUCGGGGAACUGGUAUCAGAAGUUGGGCGGGCAAACUUGGACGCUGAACAUGUUCGUCACCUGCCUCACCUUCGCGUUGCCCUGCUUCCUGGUGUGGGCAGUGUGCAACACAAUCGCGAUUGCGUACCAGUCCACCGCCGCGUUUCCGUUCGGCUACAUCUUGCUGCUCUUUUUUCUCUACUUUUUCGUGACCGUUCCCUUAACGCUGAUCGGGUGCGCGCUGGGAAAGCAGAUCGCGCUCCGCGACCUCAGGCGGAACGAGCAGGCCGCGGGUAGCUACUUUCCGUGCCGCACGAACAAGCUGGAGCGGCAGAUUCCGGGCGCCGAGGCGGGCACGCUCCUGUCCGGGGGACUCAUGCUCAACGUGACACAGUGUUUCACAACCAGCUUCCUGCCCUUUGUCAGCAUCUACGUCGAAUUGCACUACAUCUUUGACAGCAUGUGGGGGCCGGCGAGGUACACGGUUUACGGGAUUCUGCUGGUCAGUGUGCUCUUAACGGUGAUCAACAGUUGCCUCCUCAGUUUGUUUUUUCUGUACCUGCAACUCAAGCGGGAGGACUGGCGGUGGUGGUAUUACAGUGAAAAACGCCCCACUCCCAAAGUUGCAAAAAUUUGUGAUGCGAAGUUUCCAACUGAAAAACUUUGCCAUGCAUGAGAGGAGUAUGAAUCUUUCUGAUGCAGAGCCUAGGCGUGUAUCGCAUCGCUUGCAUGACAAUACAGAUUUUUGCUAUUCACGAUUGGAAACCUGUGAUGCUGAUAGAUGCAAGAGGGCAAAUGUUUCAUUUAGAAAGGUUUGCAACACAAAUGCUCCCAAGUUCGGGGGUGGGGGCAUUUUUCAUUGCAAUAGGUGGUGGCAAAGCUUUCUGUCCGGAGCGAGCUUCGUUUUCUGCUUCCUCCUUUACUGUUUUUACUUCUUUUUCCGGCUGGGGCACAUGGAUAGCUUCCUGCAAAGCAGCUUUUUCUUUCUCUACUCCUUCCUUGUCGCGUACGGGCUCUUUCUCAUGAUGGGCGCCCUGACAUUUUUAGCGAGCGCAACAUUCAUGCGGUACCUAUAUUCGCAUGUGAAAGGUGAUUGAAGAACAAGGGACCUCCACUGGUUUGUGCUUAGAAGAAUCUAUUUUACGCGCGUGCACAUGAUGCAAAAGCAAAUUUUCAACAUCUUGAAGAUCAAACAGAAUAAUGCAAAUAAGACAUGACAACGCAAGCGAUGCCUCUCGGACGGGAGAAAAAAAGUUCAAUAUAUGAAGUUUCCUUUCGCCUUCGAGUUUUGUCGUCAUCAAU